AUGAACAAGAUGGAGGAGCAGAACGGCGGCGACUGCGCGCCGACCGAAGAGGCGGAGGAAGUGUUAUUAAGCGCGGUGGCCUUUUUCAUCCCCGAGGGGAGUGGGCUGCAGGAAGGCGCGCUCAGCAGCAUCCGAGCAGACGAAAACGCAGUGAAGCUUCUAAACGAGUUCACGGAGAGUGAAGAGGACUGUCUAUUCGUAUUUAACGAAAAGGACACGAUCAAAUUUUACGCAUCCAUCCUAGACUUACAAAAAAAAAAAAAAAAUGAAAAAUAUUUAAUCAUUUACAAAACGACACAAAGUAGGAAACCACUCUUCCUCGAAAUGAACAAUGAUGCAGAAAAUGUGACGAGGAAAUUUCUGGAAAUUUUUUUCUCCAAUUUUAUGAACAAAAAUGACGAAAUCAAUUGUUCCUCUCUGUUGAAGGAAAUGAAAAAAAAGUUUAACAAUUUUUUGCUCAACUUGAGGAUCAUCUAUGGAGAGUUACAGGAGAAAUUGACUUUGCCACUUUUGCCAUCUGGAGAGAAAGAGGAAGAAGACGACGACAUCAACCACGUGGAAGAGUACUUAAUACACUUCGUCAAAUGUUACCACGUCAUUUUACGAAAUUUUGUAAACUACAAAAAGAGCAGAUACCAAAGCUGUGAAGAUUUUCUGACUUGUUUGAAACAGAAGAAUGAAGACAUCAACUUUCUGUAUGGCGAAAUAGAGAAGGAGAAGUUCAAGCAGAUCGUACACACUAUCUUAGAAAGGAAGAAAAACUCCAGCUACAAGAAUAUCGUUGAGAAUAUUCGGAGAGAAAUUGUGGAUCUGAAAAUGGAAGUCCUCGAUCUGUAUACACAUCUGAAGCCAGUUAUUCACUUUUUGCAGAAACUGGAAAGUAGCAGAGAAGAAAUUGAGAAUAAAAAUGUGUUCGUCGCUCCGAUUGUGCAUGCAUUGUCUUUGUCACUGGACCGGUCGGAGUAUUUAAUUAAGAACUGCAAGUUUGUCUUUGACUUCCUCUCCAGGGUGCUCAUAAAUUCGUGCAAGCAGAAUAUGAACACACCGGAAAUUAUCAACUCAAUUUAUAACUGCGUGGAUGUGCUGAAGAGCAAGCUGUAUGGGACUCUGAAUUUUUUGCUGAACUUUUUGUACCUGUUUAGGAUCUACCGGGAGAAGAAUGCCAAGCUGCGAUCUUUGAGUCAGUCCUGCGGGUGGAGCAGCCCAGCGAGGGGUGCCCAGACUGGGCAUAAUGAGGAAAAUGCGCAUAAUGAGCAGAAUGCGGAUAAUGCGGAUAAUGCGGAGAAUUCGAAGAAUGCGCAGAAUACGUCCAAUCCACAGAAUGACGAAACGGAGCAGGACUGCGCCUACUUCCCCUCCGUAAGUCUCUACAUCUACAAACUAAGGCUCCUAAUCGAAUACCUCAAAAUCUACCAAACGUAUAUGAAGUUGGAGAAAAUCGAAAUUCCUGGUGACAAGGGGAAGAAGCUAACGGAGGAGGUGCACACCAUCCUGCGCGAAUUCAACACCAUCAAUGAGACAUUCCUAGACAUUAACCACGAGAUCAUGAAUGAGGAGGAAACGAUUUUUAUAAACAAGUACAAGCAGUUUGAGGACAAGGUGAAGGAGCUAAACAAGCGACUCAUCUGCGUCCUGGUUCACUCCUUUGACGCGGAUUUGAAGAAGAACAUCAAACUUCUUAACUCCUUUCUCAUUUUGAGAGACCUCCGAGCCAUCGAGGUAGAGCUCGUUCGGCACGCCUCUCUCCUCUGCGAGGACCUCAAGAGGGAGUUCAUCCUCGUGGACAAUUUGUUCAUCAAGAAUAUGACCAUCGUGGCGCAGAACAGGGGCGUCUUCCUGGGGCAGGGUGCGACCCAGCGAGGGGCGGUUCACAAGAUCAGCGGGGUUAACGGGGUUAGCGGCGUUAUCGGGGUUAGCGGGGUUAGCGGGGUUAGCGGUGGUGGUGGUAGUUCAGGCGAGGCUAUCGAGGUUAGCGCUGGUAGUGUCAAUGCAGCUGAGCUCAUCGGUGGUGUCAGUCCAAGCGGUACUCACACGGCGAAACUGCCAACUGAGCAGCUGAUCCACCUGCACAUCGACCGGAACGCGCCCCUGUUCUGCGAAGUGGUGAACCUCUUCACGUCGCUGCUGAAGCGAAUCGAGCAGCAGUACUUCCCGCUGCGGAAAAUUGUCAAGGUUCUAAACUUCAAAGAUGAGAAGACGGAAGAAAUAAACGCGCUGUACCGAAGCAUCACUGCGAAGAUUAGUCAAUACAUAGGGAACAUGAGCAAGGAAUGGUUCACCGAAACGAUGGACGUGGUGAAUACGUUCCUAAAUGAACCUAUAUUUAAGCAAAAGGGAGAGUUAUUUUACGUGAACUUCCAUCCGCAUAUCUUCCUCUUUAUAUCUAAUGUGAAAAAUCUCUACCUGAACAAUCUGACCGUCAAUGAGGAGUGCCUAAAAAUCUAUAACAGCACCAACCGAUUUAAAGAAUUCAUCCAUACUCUGAGCAGCAUCACGAAGAGGUAUAACGAUAUCGUUACUAAAACGUUGCCUGUACAGAAGGAUCUCUUUCAUGAUAAGUUGUCUAGUGUGAAGAACACGUUACUGAGAGGAGUGACUGAACUAAGGUGGACACAGGAACCGAUUUUCGACUACAUUCAAAUGGUAGACAGAGACAUGACAGAAAUAUUUAGUAACAUCUCCUUUGUUCAUAGUAACUUGAUUUCUAUCCUAAGUGUGACGAAUAGUUGGACGAGGAAAGCAAUCCUCGAGAGGAGAAAGAAGCAUGAAGAUAUAUAUAACUAUCUGAAUAACUACAAGAAUAAUAUGGCAUUGUUGAAGGGGAAACUAAUGGACGAUUUUAAGAACAUCCACAUGAGUAUGAAGCAGUCCUUUGAUCUUCUAAAAAUAAAGAAGAAUAACCCUAUGUGGAAAAAUUACGUAAAAUUCGUAAACAGUAUAGUUACGGAUAGGGUAACCCAGUUGGUAUAUUUUCUUUUCUCAAAUCUGAACAACAUCAUGACAAGAGCGGAGAGAGAAAAUGAACCCCUAUUCAGCAUCAAGAUAAAUUUUGUGGAGAAUAAACUGAGUCUGGACUUAAAAUUAAGAUGUAAGAAAUCACUCAGCAUAACAAGCAUCUUCUACAAAUGGAUAGACGAUUUUAUGAAUCUCUGUUCAGGUAUCAAACGGAUCGACAUAAAGAGUGGAGACUACGUUAACGAAAUUCUCCUCAGCUUAAAGAUCAAUCAGAAAAAAAGUUGCAUUGAGAAAUAUUUCGAAGCGACCAUAGACAGAUGUUAUGCGUACUUAGAAGGGUUAAAGAAGUAUGAACAUAUCUGCAAGAAGGAUAUCAAGAAGGAGUUCCUCCAUUUUAAGACACAAAAUGAAGUGUCUCUCUUUCCUACCUACUUCGAAUUUAACAAUAACUUUCGGGACACAUUAAAACUGAUCAAUAUUAACAUUACGCAUCGGUUCCCAAAUGUGUUGGCGUAUAAGAAUCUGAUUCUAUCUUUGAAGAGCGAGUUAAGCAGCUUCCACUAUUUGCGUAGUUAUGAGGUCAUCAACUUCGUGGCAUUUCACUCGGAGCACUUCGUGGAGAAAUUGAUAAACUUCUCUCAGAAGGACAUUUCGAUGUAUAGUGAGUACCUUCAGGUGUUCGUGCGGGACGUGAUUUACGCCGUGAGCGCCUUUUACGAGGGUGUGCUGAGCAACUUGAGGGCCGCGGGCGUGAGCGAGUUCUUCGGCCCGCCCAAGAAGGGGGUGUCACAGUUGAGCGGUGGGGUGACUGCCACAGACGGGGUGACUGCUGCAGACGGGGUGGUUUCGGCAGACGGGCUGCCUUCCGCAGACGGGCUUCCUUCCUCAGACGGGCUUCCUUCCUCAGACGGGGUGGCUUCUCCAGACAGCUUGACAGCAUCCAUCGAUGGCGCCUCCCCCCUGGAGAAGAGCAAGAAGGACGCCUUCUACAACCUGAUGAGGAACCUGCGGAGUGUCAAGCUGAGCAGGAAAAUCAUCCCCCUGAUUUUCCAGAAAACGAGAGAAAUUAUGGAGACUCUAAGAGAGUUGGGCAUAACAGUCAAACACAACGAAGUGCUCGAAGAAAUCAACCGGAAUAAGGAGAGGGUAGAAAUACAGUACAACGAAAUAAAGGAGAAAAUAAUAAAGUACAAAAAUGAGGAAAUUAAAAAUAUCAAAGUGGAGAUAACGCUGUUUAAGGAUGAGUUGAAGAAACUAAAGAAUGGCAUUUUGCAGAAUAUGCCCAAUCAGCCAAAGGACAUGCAGGGUAACCCUUACGAGAAGAUUAACGACUAUAGAAGAAGUUACCAAAUGUAUAGAGACAAGCAGAAGUAUCAUAACGAAUUGGAGAUCCUUUUCGAGCUGGACAUCACCGUGUUUGAUGAGCUGAACGAGUUGGACAAGAAAUUGAAAGAGGUGAAAAAACUGUGGGACGUUAUUAACAGUAUUGUAUUUUUCAUGGAGGAGGAAAAGGGAAAGCUAUGGACAGACAUCGACGUAAAUGGGAACAUAUAUAUAAUCGAUUUUGUUUCACAGUAUUUGAGAAAGAAUCUGUCUGAGCUGAAGAGCCUGCCAGUGUAUGAGCAUAUCAUAAAGGAACUGAAGAAGUUUUCCUCCAUCCUGCCGCUUCUCGUCGAUUUGAACAAUGACUGCAUUUUUGAUCGCCACUGGAAUAUUAUUAUGAACCUGUCGGGGGGGCACGCAGUGCAGAGUGUUGACGCAAUGGAGAGUCGGGACGUAGUGGAGAAGGCUGACUUGGCGAACAAUGCUAACGCAGUGGACAGCGGUGACGUAGCGGAGAACCCACCGAAGAAGUACCUGCAGGUGAAGUACAAAGAGCUGACGCUGCAGGGAUUCUUCGACCUGAAACUGUACAAGCACGUGGAAGCCGUGCAUGACGUGAUGGAGCAAGCCAAGAAGGAAAAAAAAAUUGAAAACAAAAUCAGAGAGAUAAGCCAAAUAUGGAGAAAAAUGAACUUUGAGUUUCUGAACAAAAACUCUUACAUUCAAAUAACGAAUAUGGACAUGAUCCUCGAAAUUGUAGACGUGCAUACGUCGGAGAUCCUCUUCUUCAUAAAUCAGAAGAAAUACAUCUUGUUCAUCCAGGAUACCAUUUUAAAGACACAGGAGAACUUGAAAAGAAUAGACGAGGUGAUUAAUAUAUGGAGAAAAUUUCUGAACAAAUUUGAGAGGCUACAACCGAUUUAUCUCAACUCAGAAGAUAUCCAUUCGCAGCUCCCACAGGAGAGUAGGAUGUUUUUUAACAUCGAACAGGAGUACAAGGAAAUCAUCCUGAACGCUUAUGAGCAAAAGAACGUGUUACAGAUUUGCCUGAACGAGGACUUAUUUUACGUGCUCCGAAAAUUUUUCAAAAACAUCGAAUUGUGUGAGAAGGCUCUUAAUGAUUACUUGGAUCAGAAGAAGAAGGCUUUUCCUCGGUUUUACUUUCUCUCCAACAUAGCCCUUUUAGACAUCCUGAGCAAUGGGAAGAAUCCCAUGAAGAUCCUUCCCUACGUGAAUGAUGUGUUUAACGCGAUUAAGACGAUUGAGUUUGGUGGGGCGACGGGGGCGAUGGGGGCGAUGGGGGCGAUGGAAGCGACGAGAGCGGCGGAAGGGGAAGCCACACAGGAGGACGCCACGGAAGAAGCGGAUGGGGAGAGGCUCCUCGGAGAGAAGGCCCAGCAUGAUGGGGAACGUCUGCAUGGUGGGAAUCGCCUGAAUGGUACCACCCCCCCUGCGACGGAGUUCAUCGCGAAAGGCGUGUACAGCAUCGAAAACGAACACCUGCAGUUUCCCACGGAGCUGAUGCUGCGGGGCAACGUGGAGAAUUACCUGAAGGAUCUAGAAACGCACCUGAAGGUAACGAUUAGGAGCAUCCUGGAGAAGGCAAAGAUCUGCUCGGAAAAUCUGGACGAACAAAACAGAGACGAGACGAUGAUAAAGAACUUUAUCAGCCAAGUGGUAUGUACAUGCAACCAGAUAGUUGUCACGGACGAAAUCAACAAAUGCUUCGAUGAGCUGGAAAAUGGAAACGAAUCUGCCUUCGUCGAGUAUAAGAAAAUACUAAUCGAAAGGAUAAAUAAACUGAUUAAGUUGGUGGAAAGGACACAAGAUUGCAACAUCAGGACCAAGUUGCUUUCGCUGAUUAUUCUGGACGUCCACACGAGAGAUGUUAUUAUCUCUUUUAUAAAGAAAAAAAUUUCAGACGGGACUUGCUUCGACUGGCAAGCACAGCUAAAGUAUUACUGGGUUUACGAUAAGAAGGCAAACAAUUACACCUGCGAAAUAAAGUUGUGUGAUUUUAAGACGAAGUAUCUAUAUGAAUAUAUUGGGAAUUCGGGAAAGUUGGUUAUUACCCCUUUGACAGAUAAGUGCUACAUCACCCUGACGCAGGCUCUGAAUCUGAUUCUUGGAGGAGCCCCCGCUGGUCCGGCAGGAACGGGAAAGACAGAAACGACCAAGGAUCUUUCCAAAGCGAUUGGCAUAGCGAUAUUUAUAUUCAAUUGCAGCAAUCAGAUGAAUUAUUUUAACAUGUCCCAGAUUUGUAUUGGCCUGUCCCAGACAGGGGCAUGGGGAUGCUUCGACGAGUUCAAUCGGAUCAGCAUAGAAGUCCUAUCAGUAGUUAGCACACAGAUUAAGUGUAUCUUUGAUGCAAUUAAGGAAAAAAAAACGGUCUUCCAUUUUAUCGAUGAUGAAAUUGUGUUGAAGAAGACAUGUGGGUUUUUUAUUACCAUGAACCCAGGAUAUGCAGGCAGGACUGAAUUACCCGAAAAUUUAAAAAAUCUGUUUAGGUCCUGUUCCAUGAUUGUACCUGAUAUCAAAUUUAUCUGCGAAAAUAUGUUAAUGUCUUUUGGUUUUAUUAAGGCAAAUAAACUAUCGUACAAGUUUGUAGAACUGUAUCAGUUGUGCAAGGAACUGCUUAGAAAGAACAUUCACUACGAUUGGGGUCUCCGUGCUGUUAAGGUGGUCCUAAUUCAGGCUGGUAAUUUAAAAAGGAAGUACAGCAACUAUGAUGAAGAAGUCAUUCUGAUGAAGGCACUCAAAGAUUUUAACAUUCCUAAGAUAACUCAUGAGGAUAUUCCCAUUUUUCUGGGCCUUGUGAAUGACCUCUUUCCGAAUGUUGACUGUGGGGAUAUGUUCAAGGAGGAGGUCUCCGUGGAGGGCACGGAUCAUCCGUCGCACCCUGGGGAUGGCUUAGCGAUGGGCCGGUCAGGAGUGGUGUCCCCCUAUGAAGUCACCUCUCCACAGGAAGUGACUUCCCCACAGGAAAUAACCUCCCCACAGGAAAUAACCUCCCCACAGGAAAUAACCUCACCAGAGGAAGUAACCUCCCCAGAGGAAGUGCCUCCCCACCGCAUCAUCACCCUUGACGAGGCCAUACGAAGCAGCCUCCGAGACGCCAACCUCCAAAUCGACGACAACUUCAUCCUAAAGGUAAAGCAGCUCAAAGACCUGAUGGACGUCCGCCACUGCGUCUUCAUCUUAGGAGAAGACGGCUGCGGAAAGUCCAGCGUUAUUCAAAUAUUGAUAAGUACCCUCAACAGAAUUAGCGAAAAAUGCUUACACGAGGUUAUUAACCCUAAAUCGAUCGAGUCUUACGAAUUGUAUGGCUACUUAAAUAAGAACAACGAGUGGGUUGAUGGUGCUCUCUCCUCUAUAAUGAGGAAAAUGUCUAGAAAUAUAUCCCCCUACACAGAGAGCGUCAAACAUAAGAUUCUCCUUCUAGAUGGAAACAUCGAUGCGGAGUGGAUAGAAAGUAUGAACACAGUCAUGGAUGACAACAAAGUGCUAACCCUGGUGAGCAACGAACGUAUCCCCUUCACCAAGGAGAUGCACCUCUUCUUUGAAAUUACCAAUAUGAAAGGGGGGGUCCUAUACAUAAACAGAGGAGACAUAAGUUACAAGCUGUACAUCAGCUCAUGGAUAAACUUACUAACAAAUCAUGUGGCCAAGACGGAGUUUUACUAUCUAUUUAACAUAUUUUACGCUCAGAAUAUUGAUAUGCUGAGGAAGCAGUGUAAGUUCGCCUUCGAGUUGUCCAACCUCGACAUUGUCAGAUCGAUCUGCAACUAUAUCGACUACUUUUUGGUCAAAUAUGACAAAUACAUUAGCGAUGUGAUACGGAGCAUUGAGAAUCGCCAGGGGGAGGACGACGCGAUGGAGGAGAGGAACGGGUCCUCUUCUCCAGACGAAGUAGGGGACGCAGCAGCGGUUGCGGCAGGGGAAGCAACCGGGAAAGCAACAGGCGAAGCGGCCAGCCUGGGAAGUGCCAAGCCGGAAGACCCACACAACGGAGACGAAAAAAACGUGGUAAACAAAAUUAACUAUAACUAUGAAAUUCUGAAAGAUUACUACAACAGCUUUUUCAUGAACUCGUACAUGUGGGUUCUGAAUAACCUAAUCGUGGAGGACAAACUAAUGAACGCAAGGAAUGCUCUGAACAAUAAUGUGAAAUCGAAUGUGAAGGUGAAGAUGGGUAGCGACUAUUGCUGCAAUUAUACUUAUAAUAUAUACGACAAUGAGUGGAAGCACCUGAGUGAAUACCUAGACAGCGACAUUUUAUUCUUGCAGAAGAUGCGAUGGAAUUACGGGCAGGAAAUGGCGGAGGCGGGGGAGGCCGAAGUGGACGAGACGGGCGAAGCGGAGGAGAAGGGCGAAGCGGAGGAAGCGGGUGAAGUAGACGAGAUUGGCGAAAUGGAGGAAGCGACCAAAAUGGGCAGCUCACAUGCCAAGCCGAACCAGAAGCACAAGAAAAAAAGCGAAAACAACUACAUCGAAAGCAUGCUGCCGCACAACUACGACGAAUUGUACAUAAAUACGAUCGAGCUGAUCCGAACGGAGAAAAUGAUAAAGUAUUCACUAGACCGAAAUCAGCCAAUCCUCGUCUAUGGAAAUAACGGAACGGGGAAGACAAAAUGUAUAAGCAACAACAUCAAUAUGAAUAUAGAAAAAUUUACCCACACGACGAUAAGUAUUAAUUACUAUACAAACUCGUUUGUCCUCCAGAAGAUAAUCGAGAACAACGUGGAGAAGAGGAACACGAGGACCUAUGGGCCCCCGAAUCAGAAGAGGCACAUAUUCUUCUUGGAAGACAUGAACAUAACGGCUAAGGACAACUGUGACACGCAGCAGACGUUGGAGUUUCUAAGACAGCUGUUAACGUAUAGGCUCAUAUACGACAGGGAGAAUCUGGACGAGAAGAAAUUCAUCCAUGACGUCCUCUUUAUCGGAACGGUAAAUAAUAAUGCUAAUAAACUUAUCGACAAAAGGAUUCAAAACAAGUUUCAAAUUAUUAAUAUGGAAGACAUUAGUCUGAAGACAUUUGAUAACGUGUACAAGGUUAUCCUAAAGCAGCACUUGCUCAAGUUUGACGACACAGUGAAGGGUCUCCUUAAUAACAUCAUUUCGUUUUCCCACGAUCUGUACAGUAGGGUCACAGAGAAUAUUGCCUUCAAUUUGUCUAACUCGGCUCCACACUACCUGUUUAACUUGAAUGAUAUCCAUGGGGCCUUUCACAACAUCAUUAAGUGCACGAACCCGGAUUUGUACAAUGGAGGGAGCUUCAAAUUUUUGAUGAUUUUUUUCCACGAGAUGCAGCAUGCGUAUAUGAAUAAGCUGACAUCGAAUGAGCACAUUGAGAUUUUCACGCAGAUCUUCAACCGCCUCCUGCAGCAGCAUUUCCCGUUUUGCCUGGAGGACUUGGGUCGCCACCGGGUCUCCUUCGACGGGGAGGUGACCCAGGUUAGCCAUAUUAGCGGCACAGUUAGCGGCACAGUUAGCGGUGAGAUUAGCGAGACUUCCGUGACUCGCGGCGAUGGGGACGCGCUCGCCUCAAGCGGGCUAAGCGCAUCACGGGGGUUGAAUGCCACUACGGCAGGUACUACCGCGGGUAUGACCGCAUGUCCCACCGCCGCUUCUAGCGCCGCCGCCAACGCUUCCAACCCGUGCAACGCUUCCAAUCUGCCGUACGACCCGCGCAAGAAUAUAUUCACCUCGUUCAUUUCGGUGCGAAACGGUCUGGACAAAAUGUACCUGGGGGUGAAGAAAUUCCACGUGCUGAAGGAAGUGUUGGCGGAGAAGCUGAGCGAGUACAACAUCUCGCACGUGGAGCUUCCUCUCGUCCUCUUCGAUUACGCCGUUGUACAGAUAUGCAAGAUAUGUCGCAUCUUAGACUUUGACAUUUCGCACCUCAUGCUCAUCGGAUUUGGAGGAUCGGGGAAGCAGUCCCUAAUGAAACUGAGCAUCUUCAUCAACAACCUUAACCUGCUCCAAAUUUCGACAAACAAUAACUACGAUUUGAGCAAUUUCAAAGCAGACUUGCAAGAGUUCCACCUCAAAUGCGCCAUCAAGCCGGGCAACGUCCACGUCCUGAUGCUGAAGGAGCAAAAUAUCCUCGACUCCUUUCUGCCGUAUAUAAACGAUUUGACUUCCACCGGGCUGUGUAACGAUUUGUUCACCAAAGAUGAGUAUCUGGGAAUCUUCUCCUCCAUCCGAAACCAGAUAAAGUAUCUAAACAUCGGAGAAAGCAACGAAGAUGUGUUUAAUUACUACAUAAGUAAAAUAAAAAGAAACUUCAAGGUAGCAGUGACCCACUCUCCUAUUAGCAGUUUAUAUAGAGACCGUCUGACGAAGUUUCCCUCCUUCUUGUCCAAUUUCUCAUUUGUGUAUUUCUUACCCUGGCCAUAUGAAGCCCUCGUAAAUGUGUCUAACAAAUUUUUGAGCGAAUUAGAAAUCGAGGAGGGGUUGAAGAAGAGCAUCUGCGAGCAUAUGGCUUACGUGCACACGAGCACAAACGAGAUGAACAAGAUAUAUCUGGAGAAGAAGAACCGACACAAUUACGUCAUACCGAAGACUUUCCUAGAAUAUAUAUACUUUUACAAAAACCUCCUGCAUGUGAAGACAUACGAGAUUGAGAAAUCCGUGGAAAGACUCAACAAAGGAUUGUUAGCCCUCACCAGCACCAGAGAAAAUGUCGAAGUGUUGAAAAAGGAAAUCGAAGUGAAAAUAAAGAAUAUAGAGGAGAAAAAAAUCGAAGUGAAUGAAAUUAUAAAAAAAGUGAAAGAAGCAACGGAGGUGACAAACAAAGAACAGCAGAUCGUAAAUGAGGAGAAGAAAAAAACCGAAAUAUUUACUCGAGAAGCGAUUAAUAUUCAGGUCAAAGCAGAUAAUGAAUUGAGUGAAGCUUUGCCCAUAAUGAACAAGGCAAAGGAAGCGGUUAAUUGUAUUACCAAAUCAGCCAUUCAGGAGUUAAAGUCUCUACAGAACCCACCGAAGGAAUGUCUAGAUGUGACUCACGCUGUGCUGAUCGCUCUGAAGGAGAUUAAGAACUAUUCGUGGAAAUCUGCUCAGAAAAUUAUGAACAAUCCUAGUCAGUUUUUAUCCAAAUUGCAAAAAUUCGAUGCAGAAAAUAUGGAAGAAGAAACGGUCCAUUUGUUGACACCAUUUAUUGAGAAGAAGUUCUUUAACUACGAAAUGAUGAAAACGAAAUCAUCUGCAUGUGCGUACUUGGCACUUUGGCUAGUUAACAUUGUCAAAUAUAAUGAGGUGUAUAAAAAGGUGAAGCCGCUAAUGGAUAAAUUGCAAGAAGCCACGAACAAUAAGAACAGCGCAGAGGAGAAGCUAAAUGUGCUGGAGAAUAAAGUGAAGGAACUAACAGACAGUGUAGAGAAGCUAAGAACUAAAAUGAAUGAAGUGAAUGAAGAGAAGAAUAAUAUCAUAAAAAUAUUUAAUGAAUCUAAAGACAAAUUAAAUCGAGCGGAAAAUUUGGUCAAUAUGCUAUCGGAUGAGUAUAGGAGAUGGUCUGAUGAGAUUGCCAUUAUUAUUUCGAAUAAGAAAUACAUCUAUGGAGACUGUCUACUUCUUUCUUCCUUUAUCACCUACUUGGGUGUUUUUUCUAGCUCCUUCCGAGUAAAAUUGUGGAAGAACCUGUGGCUUGAGCAGAUCAAGAAGAGCAACAUCCUCAUCAGUGAAAUUACCUCCCCAAUUGAUAUCAUGGUGCAGGAUAUACAGAUAGCUACCUGGAAAAAUGAGAAACUUCCUGAAGAUAGAAUAAGCAUAGAGAAUGCUCUCAUCGUAAGCACUUGCUACCGAUGGCCUCUUCUGAUCGACCCUCAGUUACAAGGACUGAAGUGGCUCAAGGCAAAAGGAGGAAAUAACAUCACGUGCCUCCAAUUCAACAGUGAUCAUUUUAUUGCAAAGGUUAAGAGUGUUAUCUUGAGGGGUGGCUACCUCAUCAUAGAAAACGUCACCGAAGAGAUCGAUAACAUUAUCGAUGGGCUCCUCAAUAGGGAAUUCAUAAAGAGGGGAAAUGACACCUUCGUCAAGAUUGACAAUGAGGAGAUGCCAUUUAACUAUCCCAAUGCGAUCAGUCGAGUUUCGAAAAUUAAGUCAUUCUAUGAGAGUGGCGCUGGAGGCGGGGGAGGCGGUGCUGGUGACACUUCUCGACCGGGAGAGCACAACGGGGGCAGCUUCCACGACGAUGCAGAAGUGGACAAUGAUGAUGAUGCCGCGGAGGAGGAGCAGGACAACGGGGAAGAAGAAGAGGAAUCCACACCAAGUAAGACAACCCCUAGAAUGGCGAACAGGCAAAGCAGACAUGGCGGAAGACAGAACGGCAGACAGAAUAGCAGACAACAUGGCAGUAGCAGCCGCCGCGGUAGAGAUAGCCCAACCCAGGAAAUGUCCAUGAUGACCACCCCGAGGGAGAAACAGGACCAUGAGAAAGCUUACGAAAAAAUUUCCAAUUCGCACAGCAUGAGUAAAGCUCUUUCGAAGGGAAGCUUAAGAAAGGCGGCCCCUUUUUUCAACCUAAUCCUGCAAACGAAGCUGAGCAAUCCACACUUCAAGCCAGAGGUAAACAGCCAAUGCACGCUGAUAAACUUUAGCGUGACUUGUGAGGGGCUGGAGGAGCAGAUUUUAGCAAUCAUCGUCAAUAUAGAGAAGCCCGAAUUGGAGAAGCAGAAGCAGAUACUCGUGAAGAACAGGAAUGAAUACAAAAUAGUUCUGAACAAAUUGGAGGACGAAAUUUUGUACCAGCUUUCCGCCGCAGACUCGACCACAAUCAUCGACAACAUUUCUCUGAUUAACAGUUUGAAGACGACAAAGGAUACAUCCAUCAGCAUACAGAAGCAAGUGGCCGAUUCGAUCACGACGGAGAAUGAGAUUAACAAGACUAGGGAGCUGUAUAGGACCCUGGCGAACGAGGCCUCCAUCGUCUAUUUCAUUCUCAUCCUCAUGCACAACAUUAACUACAUGUAUCAGUACUCACUGGAUUCUUUUAUCAGCUUGCUGCUGAAGUCGAUAGAGGCCGUCCACGCGGGGGUGCGAAUGGGAAGCAGAAUAGGCAGUGGAAUGGGAAGCGGAAUAGGCAGUGGAAUGGGAAGUGGAAUGGGCAGCGGAAUGGGCAGCGAGAGGGUGAGCAGCCUGGGCGACUCGAGGGGGUACUUCCGCGAGGGCGUCGAACGGGAAGGAUGGGCAACCGCCGCAGCGGACGAAGACGAGGGGGAUGAAGCAACCCGGAAGGGAGAAGAAGAAGAGCAACAACAACAAAACGACCUGUGCGAUGAGCACAUGAACGAGCUGAUCAUCUCAUUCAGGAAAACAAUCUACUCAUGGAUCAACCGAGGGUUGCUGGAAGAGGACAAGCUGCUAUUCAAUUGUAUAUUCGUCUUCAAAUUGUUGGAAAAGAAAAAAAUUCAUGACAAAGAUUUCAGCAUGGAUUAUUUGAACUUUUUUUUGAAGCCUCCCCGAAUCAAAGAAGCGAUUCAGAACCCGUUAAAGGAAUGGCUAGCUGAUGACUGCUGGAGAAAUGUAUGCGUUCUGUCCAAAUUCAAAGAGUUUGAAAUGUUAACAAACAACAUACACAUAGAUGCACAGCACAAGUUCAAGCAGUGGUGCUCAGAAAUACAGCCAGAGAUAUGCACCCUGCCCCUAGAAUGGAAAAAGUUAAGUAAUAACUCUUUUAAAAAAUUACUCAUUAUAAGAUCGUUGAGACCAGACAGAGUGACAGUAACGUUGGAGAAAUACAUUCGAAAUGUGUUGCCAAACAGUGAAGAAAUCAUGGAGAGGAAGAACUCCUUUGUAGACACACUAGAAUCAUCAUACAAUUUUAUGAUUAACACGACGCCUAUUUUAUUUAUCCUAACCCCUGGGUCCGAUUUUAUCAAAUAUGUAGAACAGCUAGGAAAGAAAAAUAAGUUUUUUCUAAACAGCAACCUGCACAUAGUAUCUUUGGGACAAGGACAGGAAGCCAUUGCGUUGUUUAAAUUGGAGCUAGCUCAUAAGGAAGGACACUGGAUAGUUCUGGAAAACAUCCAUCUGAUGGCAAAGUUUAAUCUCAUUUUAGAAAAUGUGAUUGAUAAAUACGCCGCGGAAGGGUCGCACCCGAAUUUCCGUCUCUUCUUAACAGCAGAGGUUACAAAAAAUAUCCCCAUAAGUAUCCUGGAGAGGUCGAUAAAAUUGACGAACGAAGCACCAACAGGUUUUAAAGAAAAUCUCAAGAGAGCCUUCACCUUUUUCUCCUCAGAUGACUAUGAGGAGAAGGACUUGCGAACAAAAAAUAUUCUAUUCUCCCUCUGUUAUUUCCAUUCUAUAAUUGUAGAGAGAGCUAAAUUUGGUUCUCAAGGGUUUAACAUAAAAUAUCCCUUCAGCUUAAGUGAUCUUCGAGACAGUGCGAAGGUUUUGUUCAACUAUUUAGACAAUCAGAAUUCUAUAAAAGUGCCUUGGAAUGACUUAAAAUACAUUUUUGGAGAAAUAAUGUACGGAGGGCAUAUCGUUAAUGAUAAGGACAUGUUGGUAUGCAAAACGUAUCUGAACUACUUCAUGAAGGAGCAGUCUUUAGAGGGGAUGCAGCUGAUCCCGUUUUCUAAAAAUGUGCAAUUGUUUAGUCCUAGUAACUAUGCGUACGAUAAGAUUUUAAAAUAUAUCGACACGCAGAUCGUCGCCGAGACUUCCAUCUUGUAUGGCCUGAAUCAGCAUGCAGAAAUGAACUUCAGGACAAGUGAGAGUAUUAAAUUGUUGGACAACAUUUUUAAGUUAAAGGUCAAGGAGAGUUCCACCUUCGUGGAGGAACUAACCACUGGAGAGACGCUGGAAGUUCGUACUGCUAACAUCCUUUCGGACAUAUUAACAGAAAUCGAAAACGUCUAUUUUAAUGUGGACGAAUUGGUUAAGUCCAUUCCCGAUGACCAGAUAACCCCUCUGCAGUAUUUCCUUUUCCAAGAAUGCACCUUAAUGAAUUCACUCACAGGGAUUAUGAGAGAGUCGCUAAAAGAGCUACAUCUAGCCAUUAAAGGCGAAAUUAAUAUGAACACAAAAAUGGAAUCAUUAAUGGGUUCUCUCUACAAAGACCAGCUGCCAGACUUGUGGAAGAAUAACUCCUAUUCCAGCAACCGAAAUUUGUGCUCCUGGAUUGUUAACCUCAAAGAACGGAUCAGCUUCCUCUCCGAUUGGUUCAACGACCCGCUAGUGACUCCCAAAGUUUUUAAUGUCUCUCUUUUGUUCAAUCCGAAUAGCUUCUUCAGUGCAAUAAAACAAAUCCUCUCUCGAAAUGAGAAAUGCGAAUUGGACAAAAUUAUUAUGCAAAUUGAGGUGACAAACAAAUCUCUGAAUAAUAUCCACUCGUACCCUAAGGAGGGUGCUUACAUUUAUGGGCUCUACCUCGAUGGCGCCAACUACGACAUUGAGAAGAACACCCUCUGCGAUUCGAGCUCAAAGCAGAAGUACUUCCUCAUGCCUGUCAUUCACUGCAAGCCGAUCGUCAGCAUGGGCAAAGUCGAAACGGACGUGUAUGAGUGCCCCGUUUAUAAGACCGUCUCCAGGGGGCCCACCUACGUCACCAACAUUAAGCUCAAGACCAAGGAGAACCAGGAGAAGUGGGUGCUCGCCGGCGUUGCGCUCAUCCUGGAUAUCGCCGAUGAGUGA